AUGCACAUUUUAUGUCGGCGCCCUCAUCGCCCCGACAGUGCUUUCUUUUCUUCCACCUCAAUGCCAAUCAUCGACCCACAAGACUACCUCCCGCAUCUCAUCUUAUGGAACGUCUUCAACACAUUUGGAGCAGCAAGCCACACAAUACUUCUCGUCGUCUCCAUCCUUAGCGGCAAUACUAGCAAUCUGGUCCUCCUUAAUCUCAUCUUUGGCUUCAUCAUAGCCUCGAUUUCCUCCAGCAUGAUGGCGUGGUCAGGGCAUGCGCUCGAUUUACAUCCGCCGUUUGGGAUAUGCCUCUGGAGUGGUGUUGUCGCCAUGAGCGAUGUUCCACUCAUAGGGGGCUCUGCUUUGUCGCUCAUAUUGAGGGUUUGGGGAAGCGUCAUGAUUGUCGGGCACCCAGCGUGGCGCGGCGUCCUGGAGUGGGUCAUCUGGACCCCAUUUUUAUUAUUGCUGCCCAUGGUGUCCGCCGUCGCUUUAUUCUGCGUAGGAAUCGCAAUGGGCAUCAAUAACCGGAGCAUUGUUUACCGAGGCGGUCCAUUUUACUGCACCGUCGAUCACACUCCUUUACAGGACGCUUCAUUGGGUUUCGGGGCAGCCUAUACAUUCUUAAGCUUGUUUUUUGCUGCUUGGAUCGUCAUUCGCCUCCUCCUCACACGCUGGCGCAUUCGUCGCUUGAUUGACUAUGGUGGAAUUUCUUAUCCAUUCAUCAUCCGUACACUACUGUUUUCAUGCGUCGUUGGCGUUGCCUUUGUUGUCGGCAUCCUCUCAUUUGCAUCAACCUUUUCCGCCAUUGUGCCAGACGUUGUCCUGUCAUCCUGCAGCGUCGCCGCGUUUUUCAUUUUCUGUACUUCCAAGCCGAUACUCGAUUUCGUUUUCCAGUGUCGACGGGUGACCACAACCGCCAGCAGUGUCAAUGUGACGCCCUCAACACCAACAUCUCUCGUGACGCCGUGGCAGCGAACCGUAGUCCCGAUCAGAGUAGCAGCGCGACUCAGAAGCGCACAGCGGACGAUGCACCAUGGGUUUGAAAAAAAAAGCGAAUAG